GGAUGUUGUUUAGCUAGCUAGUAUCGGGAGCAAGAAUGGCUGCGAUGUUUGCGUGUUGUCUAGGCUGCUGCGGAGAUGGCGGAUCGGGGCAUAUUCCCCUUAAAGAAAUGCCUACUGUUCAGUUAGAUACUCACCACAUGGGCACAGAUGUUGUCAUUGUUAAGAGCGGCCGGAGGAUAUGUGGCACUGGAGGCUGUCUGGCCAACGCUCCUCUGCACCAGAACAAAAGUUAUUUUGAGUUUAAGAUCCAGUCCACUGGUGUGUGGGGAAUAGGUGUGGCUACGCAGAAAGUGAAUCUUAAUCAAGUGCCUAUGGGCAGAGACACAAACAGCCUAGUCCUGAGGCAUGAUGGGUCUGUGUACCACAAUAAUGAAGAGAAGAAUCGCCUACCUGCAAACAGCCUUCCUCAGGAGGGUGACAUUGUGGGCAUCACAUAUGACCAUGUGGAGCUGAACUUAUAUCUGAAUGGAAAGAACAUGCAUUGUCCUGCCUCAGGGAUCCGAGGCACUGUAUACCCUGUAGUUUAUGUGGAUGACAGCGCCAUCUUAGACUGCCAGUUUAGUGACUUCUAUCACACAGCUCCACAAGGAUUUGAGAAGAUCCUCUUUGAGCAACAAAUCUUCUAAAGGAGCCCUUUUGCCUCUGCCCCUCUUUACUUUGUCACCCUCCCCUAUAUCUCAUAGCAGCCUUUGUGACACUACAGUUUAACCUUGAUUGGAUAAUAUUAUGUGUGGCUUGAAUGCCUUAUGUUUUGCUAUUACUCUGUUUCUCUACUGAUGCUCUGGAUUGCUGUCUGACUAUCCUUAAAGGAGUGGGGAUUUCUGAUCAUUUGUCGGCUAUUAAUAUGCUGAUGUUUAACUAUCAAAUCAUUACCUUGUGUUAGUGGUAAUCACCCAGUGUUAACUGAAACACUUUAAAUUGCUGCUUACGUUGUCAAUCUGUUUGUAGAUGCCAGACAGUGGAUGUAAUGGUAAAAUGUUCCCAUUAUUCAGGAUCAGAAGCCAUGUUUGAUUGACAUUGCUAUUUAUUUACGUUUCUGAUUAUGUAAUCUCCAGCGGUGUAGUCUAUGUGAUACUCAGAUAUACGCAGUAUACCCGCUAAGAAAGUUCCAGGAUUUCCUUAUACCCACUUAAAAAUGCGCAAUGACACGCAACAACAUACUUUCCGUUAUAUUUUUGAUAUAUGUUUAAUUAUCAUCUGUGUUUUUCUUCUGCACGUAUGCUAUAUAAAGGUAUUUUCACUGUAAAUUGAUUGAAUCAGAAUACAGGAAAUUAAGUCGUUAAUGCUCAAAAUGUCCCUGGGGGAGGACACCCAGACCCCUAACCAAUAUACAGCACAGUAUUCCCACUAAAAUACAUU